AACCAAAAAAAAAAAAAAAAAAAACAUCCACCACUCUGUUUCCUCCAUGAGUAUUGUCCAACAAAAGCUUCACAUCGUAGUGUUCCCAUGGCUGGCGUACGGCCACAUCCUCCCCUUUCUCGAAGUCUCCAAAUUCUUAGUCCAAAUGGGUCAUCGAGUAUCAUACAUCUCUACCCCCAAAAACAUAAGCCGCCUCCCAAAAUUCCCUUUGGAAUUAUCGCCUAAUUUGAGCUUUGUAGUACUUCCCAUGCCUCAAGUUGAGGGGCUGCCGCCAGGGGUGGAGUCCACCGCCGAUAUUCCGGUUCACAAAGUGCCUUACCUCAAGAAGGCAUAUGACAAUCUGGAAACCCCUUUGGCUGACUUCCUCAAAGCCUCACGGGUAGAUUGGAUUAUCCAUGAUUUCGCGCCACACUGGUUACCGCGAAUUGCUGCUCCGAUGGGGAUAAGCUUGGUUUUUUUCUGCAUUUACAGCGCUUCCACCACCGCUUUUUACGGCCCUCCAGACGAGCUAAUUGGAGGCCACCGGCAGCGCUCAGAGGAGUUCACCGUCACCCCUGAAUGGAUUGAUUAUCCUUCUAAUAUAGCUUUUAAGCUCCAUGAAAUAGUGAAUCUCGAGCAGUGUAUGGACCAAGACGCCAACGAUUUUAUCAGGUGGGGAUCCGUUGUUCAAGGCUGCCAAGUUGUGACUCCGAGGAGUUGCCCUGAGUUUGAACCGGACCCGCUUCGUUUGCUUCCUAGGCUUUUGCAGAAACCAGUUGUUCCGAUUGGGUUGCUGCCGCCGUUAGUGACAUCAGCACCACCUGAAGAAGACGAUGAAGACGACACAUGGAAAUCAUUGAGAAAGUGGCUUGAUGGUAAAAACCCGAAGUCGGUUUUUUACAUCGCACUUGGCACCGAGGUGGCUCUGAGUCCGUCGUUGUCGCACGAGUUGGCAUUGGGGAUACAGAAAUCGGGACUGCCCUUCGUCUGGAUCAUCAAGAAUCGCCCGUUGGUAGAAGGGCAGAUGGAUCAAGACAUCCUCCCGCCGGAGUUCGAAGAGCGGAUCUCCGAUCGGGGCUUUGUGUUGAGGGGGUGGGCACCCCAGGUGAGAAUCCUGGUUCACCCCUCCAUCGGAGGGUUCUUGACUCACUGUGGUUGGAGCUCGACGAUUGAAGCACUGGGACUUGGACUGCCAUUGAUUCUGUUUUCCGGGGCGAGUUCGGACCUCGGGUUGGUUGCGAGGUUGUUACAUGGGAAGAGAGUAGGGAUGGAAAUAGAGAGAAAUGAAGUGGACGGGUCGUUUACGAGUGAGGCGGUGGCGAAGGUGAUUAGAGUGGUGAUGGUGGAGGCGGAUGGCGAGCCCAUCAGGGCCAAUGCUUCUGCUAUGAGAGAGAUCUGCGGCAAUGUUGAAUUGGGAAGAAAGUACCUGACGGAGUUCACUCGGUUCCUUGAGAACUACAAACCAUUGACGCUGUAGAUUUGCCCGGUGUAUAUAAUGCUCCGACUAAGUCGUGAUUCCUGAGUAGUAAUGCUUAAUAGGAUCUCAUGUGACUCAUUUCCUCAUUUGUUUUACGAGUGGGAUUGUGUUUGUACAAUGUCCUCGUUCUCAUGUGUUUUGCAGGUCGAUGAGAGUUCCUAACUGAGAUUUUGCCUCUAAUGUGCUCAUUUUCAUUUUCCCUUCACCCAUGUCGGUAUGUAUGUCAUCCCUAAAACAUGUAUUUGAAUUAAUUUUUUAUUUUUAU